AUGUCAGAUACUCAAUCAAAAAUCGAUUCGUUGCAAGAAUUAAAUUCUCAACUCAUUGCCACAAUUGCUGAACUUAGAAAGGAGAAUGCUGAGGUCAAGGCCGAGAAUACAAAAUUGAAACAAACAGAUAAAAUUCGUUCUAGAUUAUAUAAAGCAUAUAUGGAAGAGACUGGACUCGAUCCUUGGAUAAAGUCUGAAACUUCUGAAUCUCUACAAAGUGAAAAUGCUGAUAAUCAUAUUCUAUAG